AUGGACUUGAUCUCGUCAUUUUUCAUCUUGAAGGAUGAUAUACGUUUUGAAUUUUCUAAUGAACUUGUUUGGCAACAAAAACAAAAUUCCUAUACGGACAUAACUCUAGUUUGCGGAACCAACUGUUUGAUUGAAGUGUUGGGUAAGCUAUGGAGCCAAAGAAUAAUGACCUAUUCUGUAAGCCCUUCCAGUCAUUUGCAUAUUUGCAGAUCUUACAGGGAGUCAUGCUGGCAUCUUACAAUCUCAAAAGAAACCAGUAGAGAAUUGGUACAUGUAAUCUUUAGCAACAUAUUGGAAAGGGAGGACACAAUAAAGAUAAAAGGCAACAUGAAUGAUUGUUUUUAUCUUGAUGGACUCUACAAUGACGGCAUUAUCGAGAUUUCAAAUAUAAACCUAGACAAAAUACAUCAGUAUUACGUCCUCAAAGAGUACGGGGUGAAGCAUAAGCACAUUGUUCAAGGUAAGGAGGAAACUAGUUUGCCAAUUGCCACAGCUCGCCACCUUAUUACACUCAAAAGGCAAGACAUAUUUUCCACAAGACACCACGAAUCUCAUAAAAGUCAUGAGACUCACAACCAAGAAAUAAUUGUAAGACUACAUUUCAACCAAAAACAGGUUAGUAAAUUGCUCGGCCGAGAAGGUGCAAGACUCAAUUCUAUUCGAGUGCAACUGAAGUGCUGGAUCCGCGUGCUACCACCUACUCACGAAUUUGGGAGCACGUUCUGCGCUAGCCAGAGAAAUACGAAGCAAGAAAUCGUUAUUCGAGGGUUAAAGAGGAAUAUAGAAGUGGCUAUAGAUGAGUUUGGCAAAGCACUUGAUUCAAGAUAUUGA